AUUUUUUUCUAAGAGAAAAAUUUUAUUAUUUUCUUUAAAUAUUUACAAGACAAAUGUCUCGUUUCGCGUUGUGUUUCAUGUUUAUUAAAAAAAUACACUAAAAUGCGAAUUAUUGGGAAAACACGUUUCUUCUCUUUGACCCUCUUAUUCAUUGGCAAACACUCAAUAAUUUGACGAUAAAGGUAAAAGCGCAUGGUUGGCGUUGUAACCUUUCAAAUUGUGUCGUCAGUCCACGUCUCGCAUGCGAAAUAAGAUUGUCGGGAAGAAACCGCAACUGCUGAUAAAAUGGUCGAUAUGAAAGACGGAGAUAUGAACGGAGAAACCGGGACUCCCCUGAAGACUCCGAAACAAUUGCAGAAAGAGGCGAAGAAAUUAGCGAAACUCGAGAAGUUCAAGCAGAAGCAGGAGAAGAAAGAGAGUAGCGAUAAAACGGCGAAAGUGAAAGAAAAGAAUGAAAAAAAUGAAAAGAAAAAGGAUACAAAGGAAUCAGCUGUGUACAAUAUCGAUACACCUCCAGGAGAUAAAAAAGAUGUUACCUGUGCUAUGCCAGACACAUAUAGUCCAAGUUAUGUCGAGGCUGCCUGGUACGCGUGGUGGGAAAAACAGGGUUUUUUUAAACCGGAAUACAGUAGGAAAAACAUAUUGGAACCAAAUCCUAAAGGCAAGUUCAUUAUGGUGAUACCACCACCCAAUGUUACUGGCUUUCUUCAUCUUGGACAUGCUUUAACAAAUGCCGUUGAAGAUGCUAUUACAAGAUGGAAUCGUAUGAAAGGACGUACAACAUUGUGGAAUCCAGGUUGCGAUCAUGCAGGUAUAGCUACUCAAGUGGUUGUUGAAAAGAAACUGUGGAAGGAAGAGCAAAAGACGCGUCACGAUAUAGGAAGAGAAAACUUUAUAGAAAAAGUUUGGAAAUGGAAGGAAGAAAAAGGGAAUAGAAUAUAUUUGCAGUUAAAGAAAUUGGGUGGUUCGUUCGAUUGGGAUCGCGCUUGUUUCACCAUGGACCCAAAAUUGUGUCGCGCCGUUACAGAAGCGUUCAUUAGAUUACACGACGAAGGUGUAAUUUACAGAAGUAACCGUCUGGUUAACUGGUCUUGCUCUUUAAAGAGUGCUAUCUCCGAUAUAGAAGUCGAUAAAGUAGAAUUGUCAGGUCGGACGUUACUUUCAAUACCCGGAUAUCAAGAAAAAGUGGAAUUCGGUGUAUUGGUAUUAUUCGCUUACGAAGUAAUUGAUACCGAGGAAAGAAUAAUUGUGGCUACUACUCGCGUUGAAACCAUGUUAGGAGAUACCGCCAUUGCUGUGCACCCACAGGAUAGUAGAUACACUCAGCUUAUUGGAAAAUACGUGCAGCAUCCGUUCUGUGACAGGAAAUUACCUAUCGUCGCCGAUGAAUACGUUGAAAGAGAAUUUGGGACAGGCGCUGUAAAAAUUACACCAGCCCACGAUCUGAACGAUUACGAAUUAGGCAAAAGGCAUAACUUACCGUUCAUUACCAUUUUCGACGACAAUGGGAAUAUUAUCGGUGACUACGGGCAAUUCACGGGAAUGAAACGAUUUCACGCUAGAGCGGCAAUUAUAAAAGAAUUGACAGCUCGAAACUUAUUCGUUGAAAUUAAAGACAACCCUAUGGUGGUGCCAAUAUGCAGUAGAUCUAAAGAUGUUGUCGAGCCAUUGAUGAAACCUCAGUGGUACGUAAGAUGCAAUGAAAUGGCAGCGAAAGCAAUGGAAGCGGUCCAAACUGGCGAAUUAAAAAUUAUUCCAGAUCAGUAUAAAAAAAUCUGGUAUCACUGGAUGGAAAAUAUCCGAGAUUGGUGUAUCUCGCGUCAAUUGUGGUGGGGUCAUCGUAUCCCCGCGUACUUGGUUAAAGUGCUCGAUGGUGAGACAGGUGUUCAGUCGAACAAUGACUUCUGGGUGAGUGCACGAUCGGAAAGCGAAGCCAAGGAGAAAGCAGCUGAAAGGUUGAACGCAACCGUGGAUAAUAUAACCGUCGAACAAGAUCCCGAUGUGCUGGACACGUGGUUCUCCUCUGGUCUAUUUCCAUUCUCGAUAUUCGGAUGGCCGGACCAGACCGAAGAGCUCGAAGCUUUUUAUCCUGGCACGUUGCUGGAAACGGGGCACGAUAUAUUAUUCUUCUGGGUAGCGAGAAUGGUAUUCCUUGGGCAGAAGUUGCUAGGAAAGUUGCCAUUCAAAGAGGUAUACCUGCACGCAAUGGUGCGAGACGCGCACGGACGGAAAAUGAGCAAGUCUCUGGGAAACGUGAUAGACCCGAUGAACGUGAUCACCGGAAUAUCCUUGGAGGAUCUCCACAAGCAACUGAUGGACUCUAAUCUGGACCCGAAAGAAUUGAAACGCGCUAUGGAAGGGCAGAAACGCGAUUACCCGCAGGGCAUUCCCGAAUGCGGCACGGACGCGUUGAGGUUCGCUUUGUGCGCGUACACGACCCAGGGCCGUGACAUCAAUCUGGACAUCCUCCGGGUGCAAGGGUACAGAUUCUUCUGCAACAAGAUCUGGAACGCGAUGAAAUUCUCUCUCGCGUAUCUCGACUCUAACUUCAACGACGUUCGAUCGACGAAUCGUAAUAACGUAGAAAAUAGUAGACACAUGUUAGACGACAACGAAUGGUACAAAUGCACCUUGAGGGAAACGUGCGUGCAAGACGCUUUGAAUAAUUAUUUAACCGAUUACCCGUAUAUAGGUGGAUACACGGCGUCGCAGAUCGACGCGAAAGUUUACCAGGCUUUCGCCGAACUGGACGUCGACGUCGCGAGAUAUCCGCAUUUGCAUCGUUGGUACAGGCACAUCGCCUCGUACAGCGAACAAGAACAGUCUUCGUUCCGCGUGGAACAACGGGAAAUCCUACCUCGGUGCGCUUGCACGAUUCGCGGUAGUCGCGAUAGCGAUAAACGCUUGCUCGGCACCGAGACAAACGUUGACCUGUGGAUGCUCUCUCGCGUGAGUUACGCCGCGAAGACCUGCGACGAGGCGAUGGCGCAGUACGACUUCACAGCGGCUACGACCGCCUGUUACAAUCUCUGGUUGUACGACUUGUGCGACGUUUACUUAGAGUAUUUGAAGCCAGUGUUUCAGAACACCGACGACCAGAAGAAACACGCGGCGAGGGGAACCUUGUUCAGAACGCUGGACGUAGCUCUAAGAUUACUGUCCCCGUUCAUGCCAUUCAUCACGGAGGAACUGUAUCAACGCUUACCUCGCGAAACGCAACUUCAUCCCAGUAUUUGCGUCAGCCCGUAUCCGGAAGAGUCCGAGUGCCCGUGGAGGAAUCCGGAAAUCGAGAAGGAGGUUGAAUUUACGAACAAAAUGAUAAAGAGCAUCAGAUCCACGCGCGCCGCGUACAAUUUACCAAAUAAAACGAAAACCGAAGCGUUCCUCGUCUGUGCCGACCAGAGUUUAAAAGAGAAGCUCCUCGACUAUCAGUUAUUGAUAGAGACGCUUGCUUACUCGACAGUACGUACAAAUGAACCCCCAGCAGGAUGCGCUAUCGUCACAGUGUCGGACAAGGUUCAAGUGCAUCUGGUAUUAAAGGGUUUAAUCGAUCCAAAGAAAGAGUUGGAGAAGCUCUGCAGAAAGGAAGAGCAGUUGACGGAUGUUAUACAGAAAAUGAAGCAAGCUAUGAAAGUUCCUGAUUACAAUGUUCGAGUGCCUUUGGACAUUCAAAACAGUAAUAAAGAAAAGGUGUUGAACAGCGAGGGAGAAUUGCAGCAAAUCACCGAAGCGAUCGCGAUUUUGAGAACGAUGUAACACAUUAUUAGUUUCUUCUUAUUUAUUUAGUUACUGUAUAUUUCACGGAGAAAACAUAAUUGACGAUUUUGUCAUUCGAUAGCUAAUUUUAUAGA